GGCCUCGGCACGUGGCACAGUUGGCCCCCGCACUCGAAGGCAUUGUGGGCUGGCAGCGCGACAGUUGAUCCUCCUCCCGCUGGGCGGACAUGGCCGGCGUGGGGUCUCUGUUUCAGAGGGCGAGAGCCUACGUGAAGACCAAGGAGUUCCGGGACUACCUGACCAGCACGCACUUCUGGGGGCCUGUGGCCAACUGGGGCCUUCCGCUGGCUGCCUUUAACGACAUGAAGCGGCCGCCCGACAUCAUCAGUGGCCGCAUGACAACGGCGCUCUUCUUCUACUCCCUGGCUUUCAUACGCUUCGCCUACCGCGUGCAACCCCGAAACUAUCUGCUGAUGUCGUGCCACUGCGCCAACGUGGUGGCACAGAGUGUGCAGGGCUCCCGCUACCUGCGCUACCACUAUGGCGGCGGCGCCGGAAAGACUCAGGGCAGACCCUAUUGCUGGGUCCACAGUGAACCAGCGGCAGCUCCAGGCAAAAGGCCCGUGCUUACUGGGCUCCUUCCUGUGACCCUGAGGAUUCACCAGCACCCUGGAGGCAGAGCUACAAAAAGGGAGGUGACAACAAAUUACAGGAAAUACCACGAGGUCUUGCAAAGAAGCGCACUCAUCUUCGCUCGGGUGCUGCACAAGGUGGUUCUGCCCCCUGAACGAAGGUCCACAGGGGACCUGCCCCGGUUUAGCACCACUGGCCUCGGCAAUGCGCAGGUGGAGGGGAAGACGCGAGGGACGCCGACCCCACAGAUCACUGCACCCAAUGGGACAGAGCUUACUGCCGUUCGGGAACAAACAGGACAAAGUCAGGAGCAGAAUACGUUUUGGGUAAAAGAAAUAGAGGAAAUAUGA